UGCGAUACGGUAAAACCUCUUCCUUAGUUCCUUGUCGACACCCAUGCACCGGAAGCUCCCGCCAUUACCUCACCUCACACUCCGCUCCGCCUCUUCCUCUUCAGCCGCCGCAUCCGCUUCCCCGCCGCCGCCUAGACGCCUCCCUCCUCCCGUCCCACUGCGCGACCUCCUCGCUCACCGCCUCCCGCCGCCUCGCUCGCCGUCCUCACCUCCACCGCCGCGCCCUCACGCCGAUCUCGUCCUCCUGCUCCGCCGCCGCGGCGACGCCGCCAACUCUCCGGAAAACCUCCACGUCGAGCUCAUCAAGCGGGGGCUCAAUCAUGACCUCUUCUUAUCCAACCAUCUCGUCAACUCCUACGCCAAGGGCGCGCGCCUGGCUGCCGCGAGCCGGGUGUUCGACGAAAUGCCCCAGCGGAACGCCGUCUCCUGGACCUGCCUCCUCUCCGGGUACGUGCUGCAGGGCAUCACCGAAGAGGCCUUCCGGGUGUUCCGCGCCAUGCUGCGGGAGGUGGAGCCCGGGUGCAGGCCCACGUCCUUCACCUUCGGGACCUUGCUCCGGGCCUGCCAGGAUGGAGGACCCGACCGUCUGGGCUUCGCGACCCAGGUCCAUGGGCUGCUGUCGAAGACGGAAUAUGCGUCAAACACUACUGUGUGCAAUGCUCUGAUCUCAAUGUAUGGUAGCUGCACUGUUGGUCCACCGAUCCUAGCGCAGCGGGUGUUUGAUGGCACGCCGAUCAGGGACUUGAUCACAUGGAACGCAUUGAUGUCUGUUUAUGCUAAGAAAGGUGAUGUGGUUUCAACGUUCACUCUGUUCAUGGAUAUGCAGCGAGAAGAUUCCAGGAUUCAGCUGCGCCCAACAGAGCAUACCUUUGGCAGUUUGAUCACCGCCACGUCUCUGUCAUCAGGCAGCUCGGCUGUGCUUGACCAAGUAUUCGUGAGUGUGCUCAAAUCUGGCUGUUCUAGUGACCUCUACGUGGGGAGUGCUCUGGUUAGCGCUUUUGCGAGACAUGGCUUGAUUGAUGAAGCUAAGGACAUCUUUCUCAGUUUGAAAGAGAAGAAUGCAGUCACCUUAAAUGGAUUGAUAGUUGGCUUGGUCAAGCAACACUGCAGUGAAGAAGCAGUAAAGAUUUUUGUGGGGACAAGGAAUACUAUUGUUGUUAACGCAGAUACAUAUGUUGUGUUGCUCAGUGCCAUAGCUGAAUAUUCUAUACCUGAAGAAGGGCUGAGGAAAGGUAAGGAAGCCCAUGGGCAUAUGCUUAGAACUGGGCUUACUGAUCUGAAAAUUGCUGUUAGUAAUGGACUGGUUAAUAUGUAUGCCAAAUGUGGUGCCAUCGAUAGUGCCUCUAAAAUUUUUCAGCUAAUGGAAGCAACGGACAGGAUUUCCUGGAACACCAUCAUCUCAGCUCUUGAUCAGAAUGGUAACUGUGAAGAAGCAGUUAUGCAUUACUGUCUUAUGAGGCAAAGUUGCAUAAGCCCAUCAAAUUUUGCAGUAAUCAGUUCCUUGAGUUCAUGUGCAGGUUUGAAACUUUUAAGUGCUGGUCAGCAAGUGCAUUGUGAUGCUGUUAAGUGGGGUCUAGAUUUAGAUACUUCUGUUUCAAAUGUACUGGUUAAAAUGUAUGGAGAAUGUGGAGCUAUGUCAGAUUGCUGGAAGGUUUUCAACUCUAUGGCUGACCACGAUGAAGUUUCUUGGAACUCUAUGAUGGGUGUCAUGGCCAGUUCACAAGCACCUAUUUCUGAAACUGUCGAAGUUUUCAACAAUAUGAUGAGGGGUGGUUUGAUCCCAAAUAAAGUAACAUUUGUAAACUUACUUGCUGCUUUGUCUCCAUUGUCCGUUCUUGAAUUGGGGAAGCAGUUUCAUGCUGCAGUGCUGAAGCAUGGAGUUAUGGAUGACAAUGUGGUAGAUAAUGCCCUCAUAUCAUGUUAUGCGAAAUCAGGAGAUAUGAAUUCCUGUGAGCAUCUGUUUUCUAACAUGUCUGGCAGAAGGGAUGCCGUCUCGUGGAAUUCUAUGAUUUCAGGUUACAUCUACAAUGGCUAUCUACAGGAGGCUAUGGAUUGUGUAUGGCUUAUGCUACAUAGUGGCCAAAUCAUGGAUUGUUGCACUUUCUCCAUUAUACUAAAUGCAUGUGCUUCUGUGGCAGCAUUGGAGCGUGGAAUGGAGAUGCACGCUUUUGGUAUUAGGUCACACUUGGAAUCAGAUGUCGUGGUUGAGAGUGCUCUUGUUGAUAUGUACUCCAAGUGUGGUAGGGUGGAUUAUGCCUCUAAGCUUUUCAAUUCUAUGACUCAGAGGAAUGAAUUUUCAUGGAAUUCUAUGAUUUCUGGUUAUGCAAGACAUGGUCUUGGAAGGAAAGCCCUUGAAACAUUUGAGGAAAUGCUGCGCAGCAGAGAAAGUCCAGACCAUGUCACUUUUGUCAGCGUCCUAUCUGCAUGCAGUCAUGCUGGAUUGGUGGAAAGAGGAUUAGAAUACUUUGAAAUGAUGCCGGAUCAUGGUAUACUACCUCAGAUUGAACAUUAUUCUUGUGUCAUAGACCUUCUCGGUCGAGCUGGUAAGAUUGACAAGAUAAAGGAGUACAUACAAAGAAUGCCAAUGAAACCUAACGCUCUCAUAUGGAGGACUGUUUUAGUUGCUUGCCGACAGUCAAAAGACGGGUCUAAGAUUGAACUGGGGAGAGAAGCUUUAAGGGUGCUUUUGGAAAUAGAGCCUCAAAAUCCUGUAAACUAUGUUCUGGCAUCUAACUUUCAUGCAGCUACAGGAAUGUGGGAAGAUACAGCCAAAGCCCGAGCUGGAAUGAGGCAAGCGACAGUGAAAAAGGAGGCUGGUCGCAGUUGGGUAACCCUAAAUGAUGGAGUUCAUACUUUCAUGGCUGGUGAUAGAUCACAUCCAAACACCAAAGAAAUAUACGAAAAGCUGAAUUUUUUGAUACAGAAUAUAAGAAAUGCUGGUUAUAUUCCCCUGACAGAGUAUGCCUUGUAUGAUCUCGAAGAAGAAAACAAAGAGGAGCUGUUGAGGUAUCAUAGUGAGAAGCUAGCCAUUGCUUUCGUUCUGACUCGUUCCUCAAGUGGCCCAAUAAGAAUAAUGAAGAACCUUCGGGUUUGCGGAGAUUGUCACAUAGCCUUUAGAUACAUUUCUCAGAUGAUUAGCCGGCAAAUCAUUUUAAGGGAUUCUAUCCGAUUUCAUCAUUUCAAAGAUGGGAAGUGUUCUUGUGGAGAUUACUGGUAACUGAUCUGAAAGAAUGGUUCAGUACCAGUUCCUAAAUUUUCAGGUCAUACCACACUGCCAGAUGCUAGAUACAGACAUACUUGGGAAUACAAAUAUUUAGGUUUCACUUCAAGUUCACUAUGUGCUCUGCUGAGAGAUCGCAUUCAAAACAGAUCCUCAGAAUUCUGAUUGCGCAGUGGAAUUGGGGGCUAGUCGCAGUUUUGAACAUUGGCAUGAACAGGAUGAGGCAGCAGACAAAGAAAAGAGGAAAUGAGAUGCCGAGGAGAUGGAUGAUGCAAUGAAAGAGUUGGAAAAUAGAGCAAUGGAUUCAAAGCACUAAAGCAGGAUAUGGACAUUCUUGCUGCUUUGGAAGAGAUGUGGUCCAUGAAGGUUGGAUCUAGUUCUAGGCCACUCAUGCUGGUGUCUCUGUUGACCAGAUGCUUGAAAUUUUGAAGCGUUCGGCCCAUGAGAAGGAGGGAAAAGCAAUUGCAGAGCUUGAUAAAGAAGUUUAUCAAAUCGACCACUUUUCGAGUAAUUCUCUGUCUCUGGAUCGCAGUGCCAAUUAAUGCCAUCAUGCAUAACUUCUGCAUGGAGGGUGUUACCUUUGAAACUGCACCUUUUUAAGUGUUUCCAAUUAAAGCAUCUCCUUUUGACUUGUGAUCCUAUUGCUUAAGCUAGAUGAACCAGGAUAGAACAAUACAUAUUGACAUCAUAAUGUAGCAAUGUCAAUCUACAUACGUUGUUAUUUAUCUGAAAGCACGUACUAUUAUUGGCAUUUGGCAACUUGUAAUUGUUCAUGAGUAUUAGAGAUAAACCUUUUUUCCCACUGUGUAACCCAGUAAAUCCUACAGUGUUGUCCUCCCGUGUAAUCCAGGUAACUAAUCGAAGAAAACUGGAAAUUGAGAUUGAUGUCCAUCCAAACAGGACGCACAAUGAAAACCAAGUCAAACAACGCGCAAGAUAAAAUUUUC